AUGGCGCAAGAUGGUUCAGGAGGUGCAAGCACCAGACUGGAGCGUUUUGAUGGUUCUGAUCCGAGCCUCUACAAGAGGUGGCGACGUCGUGCGGCGCUGAUGAUCAUCAGCCUGCCAAAUACAUAUCCUGCUGAGAAAUAUGGCCCGAAAUUGGUCGAGUUCUUGUCAGGAGAGGCCGAGCUGGCGGUGGAACAUAUUCCCAUCGAAGACUUGGCCAAGAGUGGAGGCGAGCGUCUGGUGUUCAAAGCAUUGGAUGAGCGCUAUAGGUCAAGGGUUGGUUCAUGCUUCGAAAGCUUCACCUCGACCACAACCGACCAGGAGGCUAUGAUUUUGACAGCGACUCGUGGUUCUUUCAAGGUGGAGGAGGUGUCACAAGCUGUGAAGGCCAUUCCGGCCAACUCCAAAGGAAACAACAAGCCCGUGCAGAAGGACACCUUUGUGGCCGACGAGGACACGAGCGAGCUGACAUCAAGCUCAUGGGAUGAGGACCAGGAGGUUCUCCAGGUUCUUGCAGUGGAGAUGCAAGAGCAAGAAGAUUACGAUGAAGAGGCCAUUCUGGACACUUUUGAGAGUUGCAAGCAGGUGAGAACCACGAUGCAGGAAGUUCGGAAGGUAAGGGCGGCAAUCGAGGAUCCUCCUCAUCUGGUGCAAGUCAGAGCACGUCGAAAAGAGGUGCACAUCGUGGAACAUGACUGGCCUGAACAGGAGGAUUACGACGUGUUGCUGAAUCAGGCAGCUGACGAGAUUGAGCUUGGAUUGAACGCCUUCAUGAUCCAGGGUAGCAGAGAGAGGGUGGCAGUGCUUCCAGGCAGUGGUGCAGAAACUCCCCUGAGACACAGUCAUGAUGGAGGGAAGUUCAAGACCAAGCCUCGUGCACCAGCGAACACCUUCCGCUACAUCUACACGUGUCAAAAGAACUACACGGGGUGGGUACGAUCUCACAUCGGAGAGGGCAGCUCAGCACAUCUCAGGACCUUCAAGGCCUAUGUCGAGAUGCGGGAUGCCAAGAUGAUGACACGAUUGAACGAGGUGGCACAUCAGAACGGUCGCAACAUGAAUUUCCACUCGUCGGGCAUUGUGCAAGGAGCCAGACCACAGGGAGGAGCGAGUGCGGAGUACACGGUACAGCAGAUGGUCGUACCGCCACUCCCCAUUCGCAGCCCUCCUCCGCAGACUCCAUCGCAGAGGAGUGUGCAGAGCUGGCAGGUAGUGAGUGCGGCACCAUGCAGCACCUAUGCUCCACCAAGUCCAAGCCCGAAGAUGACAGCAGGAAGCAUGGGACGUCGUCGACGCAUGAGGGACGACGACAUGGAAGUGGACGCCAACCGAGCCAAGAAGAUUCAGGACACCUGGACAGUGUGGACUAUGGAGCUGAUGAACAAGAACGAGGAAGCUCGAGAGCAUGUGGAAAAGGAGACCAUGUGGUUGCAGAACAGUGCAGGAGGACCACAGAAGGUUGCUCGCAUGUUCUCUCGCCUUGCCGUGCAGGGGACCAAUCUGCAGCUCCAGGAGGAAGAUCAGUAA